CCCUUGUCAUCCCUACCUGUGUCUGACUCUAGCUACAGUACAUCUCUCCAAGGGCACAGUGAGAGUGCAGGUAGGGUUGAUCAGUCACUGGUCAGCUCCAUGGUGUAGAGGGGUCACCUCCACCAGUCACACUACAGGAGAGGAGACAAUAGAGGGACCAACACAAUGGACAAGAGACGGUAUAACCUGGAGCCACCAGAGGUCAAACUCUACUUGGUCAAAGGAGACAGGUUUACCAAAUGGUCAGAGGAGUCAACCAAGACUGUGCCUGUCACCAUGAAAAUGGACCCUAAGGGCUACUACCUCUACUGGACUAACCAAAGCAAGGAGACAGAGUUCCUGGAUGUUGCAAACAUCAGAGAUACCAGAUCAGGAAAAUAUGCAAAACUUCCUAAACACCCUAAAGUCAGGAAUGUGUUCAACCUGGAUUUUCCAAACAGCGACCAUCUAGUCAAAACCCUGACUGUUGUCACAGGCCCUGACAUGGUGAAUUUGACUUACCACAAUUUCUUUGCUUACAAGGAGAAAGUGACACAGAACUGGGCUGCUGAUAUCCUGUCCAUUGCUUACAACCCAUCGAGGAACAACGCAUGCAGACAAGUCUUCAUGGAGAAAAUGUAUGUCCGCAUCUCCCUUCAGACCAAUAAGGAUGGCAAGAUCCCUGUCAAAAAUAUUUACAAGAUGUUUCCAGCUGAUAAGAAGAGGGUGGAGGGAGCUCUAGCUUCAGCACACCUCCCCAAAGGAAAGGGUGACACUAUGAAGCCGGACGUCUUCACUGAAGCUGCUUUCAAGCUCUUCCUGAUGAGUCUUUGUCCCCGGCCUGAGAUCUAUGAGAUCUUCACAUCCUACUCUGCCAAGGCUAAGCCCUACAUGACCAAGGAGAGCCUGGCCAAGUUCGUCAACGAAAAGCAACGUGACUCCCGACUCAAUGAGGAGCUAUUCCCCCGCUUCAGACCUGACCAGGUGAAGGCCCUUAUCGAGAAGUACGAACCCUGUUCCUCCAACUCCAACAGAGGUCAGAUUUCUCCGGAAGGUCUGCUGUUCUACUUGAUGGGGCCUGAGACAUCUGUGGUCAUACUGGACAAGUUGGCCAAGUGUCAGGACAUGAGCCAACCUUUGCCCCACUACCUCAUCAAGUCUUCCCAUAACACAUACUUGACGGCUGGUCAGUUUUCCGGCGUGUCGUCUCCAGAAAUGUACCGCCAGUGUCUGCUGGCCGGCUGCCGCUGCCUGGAGCUGGAUUGCUGGAAGGGAAAACCACCGGAUGAGGAGCCUAUUAUCACCCACGGCUUCACCAUGACAACUGAGAUUCUGUUCAAGGAUGUGAUUGAGGCCAUCGCGGAAAGCGCCUUCAAGACGUCACAGUACCCCGUCAUCCUCUCCUUUGAGAACCAUGUGGACUCGGUGAAGCAGCAGGAGAAAAUGGCUAACUACUGUAAGACCAUAUUUGGAGAUAUGCUGCUAAUGGAUCCUCUGGACAAGUACCCUAUGAAGCCAGGUCUGCAGAUCCCCAGCCCAGCAGAGCUCAUGGGGAAGAUCCUGAUCAAGAACAAGAAGGGCAGCCAUGGGAAGCCCAGCCCCAAGAAGACAGAAGAGUCAGAGCAGCCCAUAGUCACAGCUAGCGCUGGCCAGGAGCCCAACCAGACAGGCCCUACUAACCCUGAGGACCAGUGUGUGACUGAAGGGGAGAUGACCAUGACCGGGGAGGAGGUGACCAUGACCGGGGAGGAGGUGACCAUGACUGAUGACCAUGAAGAACAGCAGGAGGAUGAAGACCAGGAUGAGGAGAAGAUGAAGAACUCGGACGAGGGUACAGCGGGACAGGAAGUGACAGCGUAUGAGGAGAUGUCUGCCAUUGUCAACUACAUCCAACCCACCAAAUUCAUCUCCUUUGAUAACUCCCGAAAGAAAAACAAGAGCUACCUCAUCUCAUCUUUUGUAGAGACCAAAGGGGAAAGUAUGAUCUCCAAGACUGCAGUGGAGUUUGUGGAAUACAACAAGAGGCAGAUGAGUAGGAUUUACCCUAAAGGAACCAGAAUGGACUCUUCCAACUACAGCCCUCAGCCCUUCUGGAACGCUGGCUGCCAGAUGGUGGCGCUCAACUACCAAACUAUGGAUUUCCCAAUGCAGCACAACAUGUCUCUAUUUGAAUUCAACGGGAGGACAGGCUACCUCCUCAAGCAUGACCUCCUCCGCCGUAGUGACAAGAAGUUUGACCCCUAUUGUGAAAGGAUCGACACCAUUGUGGCCAACACACUGACCAUCAAGAUAUACUCAGGCCAGUUCCUGUCAGACAAGAGUGUGAAGACAGGCGUAGAGGUGGAGAUCAUUGGGUUGCCAGGAGACCCCAAGAAGAAGUACCGGACCAGGUGGUCAACCACACCGAACGCCAUUAACCCAGUUUGGAAUGAAGAACCCUUUGUUUUUGAGAAGAUCCUGCUGCCUGACAUGGCAUCUCUCAGGGUCGUGGUUCACGAGGAGGGAGGGAAGUUUCUGGGCCACAGGAUCAUCCCCAUCGAGGCCCUUCAGUCAGGCUUCCAGCACAUCUGUCUGCGCAGUGAGAGCAACAUGCCGCUCACUCUGCCAGCUCUCUUUGUGUACAUCGAGGUCAAGGACUACAUCCCUGCUGCUUUUGCAGAUUUCACAGAUGCCUUAUUCAACCCGACAAAAAAUUCUGAGAAGACAACAAAGACGACAGAGUCAUCAGCAGACUACAUCUCCCCAUACGAGAUGCCCCUUGUUAACGUAAUACCGACUGUUGGAGAGAAGGCUACAUAUACAAAAAGAGAGCCUGAGACUAAAGCUCCCUCUCCAGUGGAGGAAGCUGAUACUACCACUGGUACCCAGGAUACUCCGCCUACUCCUGAAGAGGCCCCUCCAGAGCCUGAACCCAACAUGGACUCACCGUCUCCCGCAAACACCAUCAGUGUGGAGGUUGAACCUGUUCCAAUCAUUCAGCCAUCUGUUGUUGACCCCAUCCAGAGUGUAGAGCACGUUACAGAGCCUGAGGCCCUCCCUAACACCCCUGAUGUGGACCCAGAGGCUGCCCUAGCCACAGAGUUGACCCCUGACCCUAAGGUUGACUCUACGGCCUGUACAGACCCCAACAGUAACGUCGACCCCGCCCCAAAUGUUGACUCCACUCUAGAUGUUAACUCCAAUGUCAUCCCUACCCCUGAUCCAGAUGUUGAGUCCACUCCUGUUGCCGACCCUGCUAUAGCUCCUGUCCCUCCAUCUGAGCCCAGCUCAUCCGAUCCUGCACCUGAGGACGCCACUCCUCCAGAUGACAAUGAAGAGCCAUCCACAGUUCCAUGUGAGGAGCUACUACAGCACAAGAGUUUCCUGAAGGUCACCAAGAGACAGGAGAAAGACAUGAAGGAGCUGGAGAAGAAGUUCCAGAAGAAAGGGGAGGAGUUGAUCCAGAAAUACAGCGACACCUUCAAAGCCCUCAAGAAGAAGAACUCCAUGAAGAAAAAAGAGGUAGGGGGUGAAACGGCAGAGCCCGGCCCCAGGGUGGAGAGGGUGAUGGAGCAGAAGGAGAGGCUGCAGGUGGAGCUCAAAGCUCUGUGGGUGGAGCAGUGUGAUCAACUGAAGAAGAGGAAGGAGCAGCAUGCCACUGAGCGAUUAGCCAAACUGUUGGAGAUGGCCACAGAGAGACACAUCAGUGAACUCAACACUCUGGCGAGUGAAUCGAAGGAGGCAAAGAAGAAAGGGAUGUCAAAGCGCUCAGGUUCAGACAAGGCAAGGCUGAAAAGGGCAAUGAGCGUGGACCUGGCUGAGGAGGCUGCAAAGACUGAUACAGUGUCCACAGACAGCAGUCCUCAGCAGGAUGCUCUCGUGAAGAGACAAACGGCCACACUGGAUGAGAUCAAAGGCAUGGCCAAUCAGCUCAAUCAGGAGGCCCUGGCGGAGUAUGAGAAGAAGAUUAGGUCACUUCCGGUUGAUCUGCGGGAGGCUGUGAACGUGUGUGUGGGGGCCCACUUCCCUGAGCACAUAGACCAGGCUGGGGAGAAGCAGCAGGAUGGGGUGGGCUUCUAUGGAAAUGUCUUCCUGGGGUAGACAUGCUCCUGGAUCUUUCUCCUUUCCUCUGUAUGUGGUCGAUAUCUGAGAACAUCAGGUGUGACAUGUUAGAGGUGUUGAUACUACAGUAUGGGAUACAAAUUGGAAAGUUAUCAAUGAGUUGUAAUGAUAAUGAUUUAUCAAUGAGUCAAUAUAGAGAUCAGUACACAUUUGGGAUAUUAGGAACAUGUGCCUCUGCCUCUUACUGAAGUCAUAUGGUCACAGCCUCAAGUGGUUCUCUUUCUUGCUAAACCUUUUACUGCAGUGGGCUAAAUUAGGGUCACAGUGUUUCUUGGUUCUCUUCAACAAAUCUACUUUGAAACUUAAGUAUACACCACCUCACACACAUGGUUAUGGGCUUUAAAAAAAGAAGACACCUGUACCAUGUCAGAGAUGUAUUACAUGUUGAGUUUGCAUCCGAAUAUUACACUUAUAUAUUCAUCACAGAAGACUGAAACUGUAGAAACUGUUUUUUUCUGCGUUGAAAUUAUGUUCAUGUUUAUUAAUUAUGAAAAAUAUGAAUAACAUUCCACCUAUGAGGUCACUAGAGGGGGAUUUCGUCAUUUGACGACAGGAAAGAGACAAUUAGAUUGAUGAAUUAGGUAUAAUGUGGAAAGAAGUGACUUUCUCUCAGUCUACUUGAAUCGAGUGGAUAAGUCAAUCUGUCACAGUUCAAUUGGACUGGGCUUUAUUAAUUUGAUACUCCCCCACACAUUUCAGACAUUGGCUUUAUGUACAUGAGAGCACAAAAUCCAUUUUGUGAUUGUAAUUUGCUGAGAAACUUUAAAUAAAGGAAAGGUAGAAGUUUAAACUGUUAUCAGAACAGAGGAGUAGGCCAUGAUGCUGGCUUUGUGUCAGUUAUAUUCUGAUGAAUUUAGAUAGACUUACUCUCACUAUGGGAGACUAUCUUUACCAGCGUCUGUGUGGUUAGUAGCAGUGAUGUUAUCUAUUUAUGUGUUUAUUAAAUUACAAUUUCGUACUUAAUUAUGUCACUAAAGGAACUUUAUCUGCAUUAUGGAUUACAGUGCCUUCGAUAAGUAUUCAGACCCCUUGACUUUUUCCACAUUUUGUUAGGUUACAGCCUUUUUCUAAAAUUGUUUAAAUAGUUGUUGCCCCUCACCAAUCUACGUAUAUUGACAAAGCAAAAACAGUUUUUUACACAUUUUUGCUCAUUUAUUAAAGAUAUUACAUUUACAGAAGUAUUCAGACCCUUUACUCAGUACUUUGAUGAAGCACCUUUGGCAGCGGUUACAGCCUUGAGUCUUCUUGGGUUUGACGCUGGGAGCUUGGCACACCUGUUUUUGGGGAGUUUCUCACAUUCUUCUCUGCAGAUCCUCUCAAGUUCUGUCAGGUUGGAUGGAGAGCGUCGCUGCGCAGCUAUUUUCAGGUCUCUCCAGAAAUGUUUGAUCAGGUUUAAGUCCUGGCUCUGGCUGGGCCUCUCAAGGACAUUCAGAGACUUGUCCCGAAGCCACUCCUGCGUUGUCUUGGCUGUGUGAUUACAGUAGGUUGUUGUCCUGUUGGUAGGUGAACCUUCGCCCCAGUCUGAGGUCCUGAGAACUCUGGAGCAGGUUUUCAUCAAGGAUCUCUCUGUACUUUUUUCUGUUAAUCUUUGCCUUGAUCUUGACUAGUCUCCCAGUCCCUGCCGCUGAAAAACAUCUCUACAGCAUGAUUCUGCCAGCACCAUGCUUCACCGUAGGGAUGGUGCGAGGUUUCCUCCAGACUUGGCACUUAGCAUUCAGGCCAAAGAGUUCAACCUUAGUUUCAUCAGACCAGAGAAUCUUGUUUCUCUUGGUCUGAGAGUCUGUAGGUGCCUUUUGGCAAACUCCAAGUGGGCUGUCAUGGCCUUUUAUUUAGGAGUGGCUUCCAUCUGGCCACUCUACCAUAAAGGCCUCAUUGAUGGAGUGCUGCAGAGAUGGUUGUCCUUCUGGAAAGUUCUCCUAUCUCCACAGAGGAACUCUGGAGCUCUGUCAGGGUGACCAUCGGGUUCUUGGUCACCUCCCUGACCAAGGCACUUCUCCCCCGAUUGCUUAGUUUGGCCGGGUGGCCAGCUAUAGGAAGAGUCUUGGUGGUUCCAAACUUCUUCCAUUUAAGAAUGACGGAGGCCACUGUGUUCUUGGGGACUUUCAAUGCUGCAGAAAUCUUUUGGUACCCUUCCCCUGAUCUGUCCAAUAAAUCUAAUUUACCACAGGUGGACUCCAAUCAAGUUGUAGAAACAUCUCAAAGAUGAUCAUUGGAAACAGGAUGCACCUGAGCUCAGUUUCAAGUCUCAUAGCAAAGGGUCUGAAUACUUAUGUAAAUAAGGUAUUUCUGUUUUUAAGGUUUAAUAUACUUCACUUUUUCAUUAUGGGGUAUUGUGUGAAGAUUGUUGAGGAUUUUGUCCCAUUUAAUCCAUGUUAGAAUAAGGCUGUAUCGUACCAAAAUGUGUAAAAAGUCAAGGGGUCGGAAUACUUUCCAAAGGCACUGUAUUUACUGUAUGUUUAUUGUUAUAAGACAGUUGUUUUCAGAGUUUAUGGUUAUAUAUAUACCUUCUGAUAAUAAACUUUCAGUC